GGAGGGAUGGACAGAGAGCUAGAGGGUCACGGGUGUGGGUCUCGUGUGGGUGUGUCUGUUCGUCCGUCAACGCUGGCUUCUCAUGAAAGGGGGUAUCAAGUGAUUAAAGUUUUUGAAUGAAAUUAUGACUCGGGCUAUGAGAAGUCUGAGGUGCCCAGAGUCAUGGGGAUUAUGUAGGUGUCAUGUGAGUGUGUCCGAUAAUGGGAAAAAAUCAUAAAAAAUACAUGGAAGAAUAUGAAAAAGUGAAUAAAAUUUCGAAAUCGACUCGUUUGACUCGGGCAGUGGGUGCGGUCGCGGAGCAGGAACCUAAAAAAAUUGAAACGCAUCAAAUUCCGUAUUAUGUAAAAAUCCUGAAACGUCGUGGAGGUGGAGGAAAGACUGUUUUAAAAGAAAAAUCCAUGGAAACAGAUUCCAUGGAAACUACAACCACGACGACGACGGACACGCCCACAUCGACCACGCCUACUUUUGAUUUAUCCCCCGCAUCGAGUGAAAUUGUGACAAAUUCCCCAAAAUCCCCGUUGCCAAGGGAAUCCAUGCAGAAUUUGCUACAAGCGGCGUUGGAGAAUUUUGUCAAACGACAGGUUGCCACGACAACGGGGGGGCCUCCGGUUGUUAGGCAGGAUUUUGGGGGGCAAUUAUUUGGGAAUAAUUUGUUGCCAAGGGAACAGAAUAAAACUGAGCAGUCGCCAUGGAUGACUUUAAUUACAGCCCCGGUUUCCAUGGUGAUGGCCGUUGUUAGGGCGAUCAUGGGGAUGGGAAGUUGGGUGGGUGGGGUUAUGGGGAGGAUGGUGGGGGGCGGGGGUGGGGGGAAUUCAAAUUUAGGGGGCGGGAGUUUUUGA